GACUAUGACGUUUGUUCGAAAACGUUAUAAACAUAGACAAACAAAAACAUCGUUUUUACAUAGUCAUAGUAAUAUUAUUAUUAUGUCUAAGGUUUUAUACUUUUCCUUUUCUCUGUUUCUGAUAUGAGCAUCUGCUCAGUCCUCAGUCUACACUCUAGAUUUAUCAAUAAAAAAUAAGAUAAAUAACGUUUCUUUGCUUUGCAAUUUCAUAACCUAUAAAAUACCAUACAUGUAGUUUGAAAACUAAUACGAUUUCCAUAAGUUAAAAAUGUUUACGACUAAAGCAUUUAUUAAAAAAACCAGAAUUGGUCAUUUUUUAAAGAACGUUAGAGAACAUUAUAUUAGAGAUGAUAUCUUCUGUGGAUUACUAACAUGUGAAAAAUGCAGUUCAUCGGAAUCAAAUUUAAGCACAACUCAUAUAAAUAAGUGUGCGUUAUUUGACUUUAAUCAUUAUUUAAUACUCGAUACAAAUAUAAUUCUGGACCAGAUGGAUAUUUUGGAAGAACCUAUACUUGGAAAUGUUAUUAUUUUACACACUGUUUUGAAAGAAGUUAAACAUCGUAGUUUGCCAACUUAUAAAAGACUUAACAGUAUUAUAGAAAAUCCCAGCAGGCAUUUUUAUAUUUUCACCAAUGAUCAUCAUAAAGAUACUUAUAUAAAACAAGAAGAUGGUGAGCUAAUAAAUGAUUAUAAUGAUAGAUGCAUCAGAAAAUCUUGCUCUUGGUACAUUAACCAUUUACCCAAUGAGAAGUUUGUAUUUCUUAGUGAUGAUGUUAAUAACCGAAAUAUUGCUAUUAAAGAAAAUAUACUUGCCUGUUCUAUUAGUGAUUACAUUAGCAAUAUAGAAGAAGGUUCUGUUUUGCAAGAUAAACUUUUCCGAAAGGACUGUUUUAUAGAAAGUUAUACUAAAGACAUAUUCCCACCUCAUUUAUCAAGUGUUGAUUUGUUAAUGGGUGUCAAAGAAGGGAAAUAUUAUCAAGGGACAUUUCGAGCUUCCAAAGAUAAUUUUUUGGAAGGAUUUGUUAGUGUAGACGCUUUUGAGGAUCCUGUUAUUCUUCAAGGAAGAAACGGUCUUAACAGGGCAGUGGAUGGAGAUGUGGUUGUUGUAGAAAUAUUCCCUAAAGAAGAAUGGAUAUCACCUAGCGAAAUUGUACUAGAAGAUGAAGGUGCAGCAGAAGAAAGUAUAGAUGAAGUAGAACGGAAAGAAAAAGAAUUGAAAAGAGCUACUAAGAAAACAAAAGAUAACAAACCAACAGGAAAAGUUGUAGGUAUUAUCAGAAGAAAAUGGCGGCAGUAUUGUGGAAUCUUACAAGGUGGAAUGGAUGGAGUUUAUCAAUUGUUCAUACCGUCAGACAAAAGCAUUCCAAAAAUUAGAAUAGAAACCAGACAAGUUGAAUUCUUAAAAACGCAGAAGUUGAUUGUGACCAUAGAUUCUUGGCCGAGGCAUUCCAGAUAUCCACAUGGUCAUUUCGUUAGAGCUUUGGGAAAAAUAGGUGAACAAAAUACAGAAAAUGAAGUUGUUCUAUUAGAACAUGAUGUACCACAUAGUCAAUUUUCUGAGGAAGUCUUAAGUUGUUUGCCAAAGUUACCUUGGAUUAUAACAGAAGAGGAUGAAAAACGAAGAGUUGAUCUUCGUCAUAUAGACAUUUGUUCAGUAGAUCCGCCAGGUUGUACUGAUAUAGACGAUGCACUGCAUUGUCGUCAAUUAACAGAAAACACAUUUGAAGUAGGAGUCCAUAUUGCUGACGUAUCUCAUUUUAUUAGGCCGGGCACUGCUAUUGAUUUAGAAGCUGCAUUACGAGCUACAACUGUAUAUCUUGUAAAUAAAAGAAUUGACAUGGUGCCUGAGCUUCUCAGUUCUAACUUAUGUUCUUUACGAGGUGGAGAGGAACGUUUUGCAUUUUCUUGUAUUUGGGAAAUGGAUAAAAAUGCGAAAAUUUUAAAUACACGUUUUCACAAAAGUAUAAUUCUAUCAAAAGCAGCAUUAACUUAUGAAGAAGCACAAAUGAUUAUUGAUGAUAAAAGUAAAGAAGAUUCAAUUGCAAUGUCCUUAAGAGGUUUAAAUAUGCUUGCAAAGAUUUUAAAGAAAAGAAGAUUAGAAAACGGAGCAUUAGUAUUAGCUUCCCCAGAAGUAAAAAUCCAAAUGGAUUCAGAAACAAUGGAACCUUUAGAUGUUGAGGUUAAGAAGCUUUUUGAAACAAAUUCCAUGGUCGAAGAAUUCAUGUUGUUAGCAAAUAUAAGUGUUGCUGAAAAAAUAUUACAAGACUUCCCUGAAUGUGCAAUGCUUAGGAGGCAUCCUAUUCCACCUAGCACAAACUUUGAUCCAUUAAUAAAAGCCUGCAGACAUUUAGGAUUUGACAUGAAUAUCGAUACUGGCAAACAAUUAGCUGAAUCAUUGGAUAAAGCUGUCAAACCGGAAAAUCUAUAUCUAAACACAAUGUUAAGAAUUUUGGCGACCCGUUGCAUGUUACAAGCUGUCUAUUUUGCAAGUGGAACUGUACAAAAAGAUGAAUAUUAUCAUUAUGGUCUAGCAGUGCCACUAUAUACACAUUUCACUUCUCCUAUUAGAAGAUAUGCCGAUAUCAUUGUUCACAGGUUACUAGCAGUAACAUGUGGAUCAGAUUCUACAUAUCCAGAUUUAUUGGAUAAACAAAAAACGAGUCACUUAUGUCAAAAUUUAAAUUAUCGAAACAGAAUGGCUCAAUAUGCUGGAAGGGCUUCAGUAGCUUUCAAUACACAUUUAUUCUUCAAAGGAAAACUUCAGGAUGAAGAAGGUUACAUACUUUAUGUACGAAAAAAUGCAUUACAAAUUCUCAUUCCGAAGUAUGGUUUAGAGUGUACCCUAUUUUUAGCUCGAAAAGGAGAAACCUCAAACAUAUUUGAGUAUAAUGAGGAGGACCAAAGUCAAAAAGCGGGCAAUAUCACACUCCACGCUUUUGAUCCAGUAAAAGUUAGAUUAAGCUUAGAUUCUAACAAUAUUCAACACGAAAAGUUUGUUCUGCAAUUGGUUUCUCCGUAUAUAGAAGGUUUCAGUGUUCCACCGCUCGAGGAAAUUUUGGAUAUUAACGAUGAUACUGUAAAGAGAAAAUCUUCAAAUGAAGUACCAAAAAAGAAAACCAAAAAGAAGCGUUCUUAACAUUUAGUUUGUUUUAUUUAUGUUUUGUUGUCCUUCUCAGAAAAAUAUAUUGAUGUAAGAUUUUUAA